CGGCUCGUGGAACGUUGUUGCGUUUGGUUUGCUCGCGGUACGUUCGGUUGAUGCAGGAUCGAAGGAAAGAUUACUCAGCGCGUGUGUGACUUUGGUGCCGGUGAAAUAUCAGGUUAAAGCGUGUGAAAAAAUAUACUGAUCGUGAAUGGGAUUGAAUCGUGCCAAUGACAAAGAUUAAUGUGUACCCUCGUGCAGGUGAUGUUCUGGAUUUACGUGACGGCCCCCCGUUCUGACGAAGAUGAUCUAGAUCUGUUCAGGUGCCGUACGUGUACUGUUGGUGUUCUGAUUUUCCGGAUGCCCCGUAAUGUUGACCGAGCUCAUUAGCAGGUCUGAACCAGCGGCUGAAGACGCACUGCACAGCAGCAGCAGCAGCGUCAGCAUCAGGAGCCGCGAGUGUUAGUUUCGUUAGUGUUACAGUAGAAAUGUGUCAGAAAACAAGAAGAAUCGUGUCUAUCGACCUAUCGGGCCAAACAAAUACAGUGCAUUCGGUUCGUUUUGUUUUCCUUCCCGGUGGAUGUUUGUUUACGGCUCCGGGUAAGGUUUGUUUCGAUAAUUAUGUGUAGUGCCCUACAACGGUGAAUCGGGAUUAUUGCCACCGGUUUAGGUAUCGACCCCUGGUCGAGGAACGAGUGGAAGUAAACGCACUACCAGCUAGUUGAGAACAGUCAGUAGGGGCGAAUUUCUAUUAGUGCAAAACUUGCUAAUCAACGGAUAUGCUAGGAGAAAAGUAGGAAUGCCAGCAAACUUCGUUUCGAAACGAACAACGGCCAAGUGUUGAAUCUUAUAGUUCGGGAUCAAUUGCACAGAUUUAUUUGAAUAUAAGCUGCUGUCGUUCGAAGACAUCUUCAGCGAGGAAAUGGCAUCACUGGUCUGCGGUGCCAGAGUUCGGUAGUGCGGUUGCAGAACAUUGGACCUUAAACCUAAUGGAAACAACGGCCGUGAUUGUGUACAACUCGACUAGUGCCACCGGGUGUCUGCCACCAUUGCCGGUUCCGUCAACAAAUUAAUGAGAGUGGAUUUGAAAAUUAUUGUUAUUAGUACGGUUGAGACAACUGCCCCGGCCGAGCGGGAGCAAAUUGGUGCGAAUAGAAAACUUAUCGGCGUCGGCCGCCGCGGUGUCGCAUUCGCAGCGACGGUAGAAAUCGGUGUUUGUCGUUCGGUACGCGUUGAAAUCGUUUUUGGUUUGUCGUGUCUAGCCCGGAAUCGGUUUGUGAUGGUUGGUGUUGUUGGCUUAUGAAACGCAUUUUUUUAGAAUAAUCUGAAUUAGUUACAUUUUCUCCGGAAGUCAAGUGCCCGUAUGCUGUAGAACGCUGCUGGAAAAAUCCUGUUAUCAGUCAACAUGUUUACCAGAUUCGACGCAAACAAAUCAACCAAAGGAGCCUCAAAACUGCGGCGCGAUCUGAUUAAUUCGGAAAUCGCCAACCUGCGGGAUCUACUACCGCUUCCGCAGUCCACACGACAGCGGUUGUCGCAGCUGCAGCUGAUGGCGCUUGUGUGUGUUUACGUGCGAAAAGCAAAUUAUUUCCAGCAAGUGUUCAAACGUUCUAUUGAUAUUGGACUGCAUACAGCUCCUACGCCAAAUAUAGGAUUUUCAAAGGCCAUGUCCGGCUUCUUGAUGAUGCUCACGCAAAACGGGAAGCUUCUGUACAUCUCCGAUAAUGCCGCCGAGUAUCUGGGACAUUCGAUGGAAGACCUGCUGAUACACGGUGACUCAGUGUACGAUAUCAUUGACAAACAGGAUCACGGUGCCAUCCAAGCGGAACUGGGCCGCGGUGUACCGCAGCAUCAAACCAGUGCCUCCCAUCACCACCACAGUCAUCAUGGCCAUGGAGCAUCCAGUCAGCUGGACGGAGAGCAACGAAUAUUCCUCUGUCGGAUGAAUGUCAGUCGGAAUGCGCGACGGCAGAUGCGAUUCGGUGAUCAGAAGGUCGUCCUGGUGCAGGGACACUACCUCUCCUACCUGCCACUCUGCAGUCGCAAUGAACCGGUCUUCAUAGCGACCUGUACCCCGAUCGCGAUGCCCGAAACGCGCGAAUGCGUUGUCCAAGGGGCGACCAACGUCUUCACCACGAUCCACUCCAUGGACAUGAAAGUUGUGCACAUCGAUAAGAAUGGUGAAUUUCAUCUCGGCUACAGUCGCAGUGAACUGCAGGGCAUUUCGUGGUACCAGCUGCUGCACUGGGAAUCAACGCGGGAGGCGCAAAGCAAACAUCGACUGAUAACCCAAUCUGAACAGGACCGUUCCUGCAUACUGCUGGUUCGGAUGCAGCGGCGGCAGAACGACUUCAUCUGGGUGCACGUGGUGCUGCAAGUCCGUGACGGCCAGGACUCGAACCAACAGUCGGUGAUCGUGUGCACAAACCAGGUCUUGAGUGAUCGCGAAGCUUCGGUGAUGCUCUCGAACUCAUGGCUCUAUCAUUACUACACCGUUCAGUCGAAGAUGCAAUUUGGAAUCCCGUUCGAAGGAGCGACUCGGAUUCCGCCCAAUACUUCCUAUUACCACGGUCACCCUUCGCCCACGUCGACGAUCCAAGCCCACGGUUACAUUGCACCUCCGCAUCAUGUUUCCUACGGGUACCACUCACCUGUGGGGCAGACUGGAGGAGGUACGAGCGGACAUCACAUGAAUGGAUCCUCAACCCCAAUCAUCAGUCAUCACCAUGGUCUAGGUGGAGAACAUUAUCGACCGUACGCAUACUGUCUGGAAACUCAACCCGUAGACUACAGUAGUCAAGUACAACCGUCCAUGGGUUCCAUUCCGAUACGUUGCGAUAGCAGCGGCAGUAGUCAGAGUAUUCAGCCCGACCGUAAUGGAUCGCCUCCUGCAAAAAAGCGAGCAUUGAAUCGAAUAGAACCACUCUAUAUUCCGGAAAAUGGUCAUGACUCCCCUGAAAGUUCCGUAACGGAGCUUCAUCCUCCGACGCAUCCCGGUAAUCUCGAACACCCGGAUCCAAAUCACAACAGCAGUGCGGGAAUCGCUGACGGUGGAACGGGAUCAAUCAUGGGAUCCGGGGGAGUUCAAACCAUGACUCUGUCUACCUCGUUUCACAACAGAAGUACUCGCGUGCUCAAAGCUCCUCCCUCAUCGACAGUAACAGAACCAACGGAUUUCAUCGACCAGUGGAACCCAAGUCCCCCUUGGUCGGAUACGACUGUACAAAAAGUUCCAGACAUUACCCAUCAGGAACUUAGUCCCUACAUGACGACCACACCACCGACUCCAACAAGUGCUCCUCACGUUACUGGCGUACCGUCAACGUUUUCCUUUGACUGGAUGCCAGAGCAAUUCGUGCCAAUUAUGACAGAUUGUCAUCCCCCGCCACAAUCCGGAUGCGUUCUACCGUGUACCAUAAAUCAAGACGGCAUUCCGGUGCCCAUGUCUCUUCCGGUGCCAGUACCAAUUCAGAUACCACCUCCACCGUGGCCUUCGGAUCAUCGCCUGUUGGCACUGGAAAGUACAUCCUCCUCAAGCGUAGACCGUAAACCAACGGAAGAAAAUCAUCUUCAUCAUCAUCAUCUCAUCCAACAGCAGCAGCUGCAUCAGCAGCAGCACCAACAGCUGCAGCAUCAGCUUCACAAUCCCGGUUCGUCCUCGUCAUCAACCUCUACGUCGUCUUCCUCCAACCCCGGAAGCAGCAUGAACAGCAAUCAUCAACGGGGAGUUAAGCGAUCUCAUUGAGAAGAAGUAAACACUCUGCCCCAUUCGGUAGAAGCCAUUUCUUAUUCCAGUAUCAGUAUUGUUUUACGAUAUAGGUCCUAGAGGGUACAAAUUCCUUCCAGUAAAUAGUACAGAGGCUAUACGCCAAGUAGCUAGUGUUGUUUGUAGCGUAACAUAGUCAACUGUUUAUUUUUUACAUGCGAGAUCACACGACAGUUUUAUUGUUUUGAAAGUGCAAUUUAUUUGAAUCUGAAGUUUUUAUUUCCAAUGUUUCCUACACAGUGAAUUCGACAAUGACGUUUAACGUGCAUUUCUUCUCGAAGUUCGAUUCCUUUCUAGAGUAUUUAUUAGCCCGCAGUAUUUUAUUUAUUUAUUAUCUAGUACAUUUC